AUGACAACCCCCUACAGCCCACUUUCCUCUUCAAGAGGCCCCCUCCCAAGGCCUGCCAGCUCUUUGCUAACAAGCACUUACAGACUCUGCCCUCCUGCUGCUCCAGCCCAUUCAGAGCUGUGUUCAGCUAUUCCAUUAACACAGAGUGGGGGGCAGACACCAAAUGUAGCAGAGGUGGUCAGUGAACUUAACUAUACACAGGACAAGGAUUUAAAAGGAUUUAAAGCCCUGGACAAGAGCGAGCUGGAAAAGAGCCAUCUGAUGCUACCACUGGAGUGGGCGUGGCGGAAGCAGAAGGAGGGUGCAGCUGUAGCUCCCCAGCCCAAGGUGCGGCUACGGCAGGAGGUGGUGAGUGUGGCAGGGCUACGGCGGGGUCAGCACAUUGCCGUGCCAGUCAGGAAGCUGUUUGCCAAAGAGAAGAGGCCCUACGCACUGGACAUGAUGGGUUGGCUCACCAAUCGCACCUAUCGGAAGCGCAUAGACAGCUACGUUAAGCGGCAAAUUGAGGACAUGGAUGACCACAGGCCCUUCUUUGCCUACUGGCUGACCUUCGUCCACUCCCUCAUCACCAUCCUGGCCGUGUGUAUCUACGCCAUUGCUCCCGUUGGCUUCUCUCAGCAUGAGACAGUAGACUCGGUCCUGAGGAAGAGAGGGGUUUAUGAGAAUGUUAAGUACGUGCAACAGGAGAACUUCUGGAUCGGGCCAAGUUCAGAGGCACUCAUCCACCUCGGGGCCAAGUUCUCCCCAUGCAUGCAGCAGGACCAGCAAGUACACAACUUCAUCCAGGCCACUCGGGAGCAAGAAAAGCACUUGGCCUGCUGUGUGCGGAAUGACCGAUCGGGCUGUGUGCAGACUUCUGAGGAGGAGUGCUCUUCCACGCUGGCUGUAUGGGUGAAGUGGCCUAUUCACCCCAGCACUCCGUACCUGACUGGGAACAAGAGGCAAUUUGGGUCUGUCUGCCACCAGGAUCCCAGGGUAUGUGAUGAGCCUUCCUCAGAGGACCCACAUGAAAGGCCAGAUGACAUCGCUAAAUGGCCGAUCUGCACCAAAAACAGCGCUGGGAACCACACUAACCACCUCCACAUGGACUGUGCCAUCACCAGGAGGCCUUGCUGCAAUGGUACCAAAGGAAGGUGUGAAAUCAUCUCUCAGGAAUACUGUGACUUUAUGAGGGGCUAUUUCCAUGAGGAGGCCACAUUGUGCUCCCAGGUGCACUGCAUGGAUGAUGUCUGUGGUCUUCUGCCCUUCCUUAACCCCGAGGUUCCUGACCAGUUCUAUCGUCUCUGGCUCUCCCUUUUCUUACAUGCUGGGAUCUUGCACUGCCUGGUGUCUGUCUGCUUCCAAAUGACGAUCCUUAGGGACCUGGAGAAGCUAGCUGGAUGGCACCGAAUAUCUAUCAUCUACCUUCUGAGUGGUAUCACAGGCAACCUGGCCAGUGCCAUUUUCCUGCCCUACCGGGCUGAGGUUGGUCCCACAGGCUCCCAGUUUGGCAUCCUUGCCUGCCUUUUUGUGGAGCUGUUCAAGAGCUGGCAGAUCCUGGCUCUGCCCUGGCGAGCCUUCUUCAAGCUUCUGUCAUUGGUGCUGUUCCUCUUCACCUUUGGUCUCCUGCCCUGGAUUGACAACUUUACCCACAUCUCUGGCUUCAUCAGUGGCUUCUUCCUUUCCUUUGCCUUCUUGCCCUACAUAAGCUUUGGCAAGUUUGACUUGUAUUGAAAACAGUGCCAGAUCAUCGUCUUCCAGAUCAUCUUCCUGGGGCUCCUCUCUGGCCUGGUGAUCCUUUUCUACUUCUACCCAAUCCACUGUGAGUGGUGCGAGUUCCUCAUAUGCAUCCCCUUCACAGACAAGUUUUGUGAGAAAUAUGAAUUGGAUGCUCAGCUCCACUGAUCCAGGGCCAUGGGAGGUGGAACUUGGAAGGUGCCCGAAGUGGUG